GGGGCCCGGGCGCGGGGGGCGGCGCGUCGCCGCGUCCUCCUUUUGUGCGGCGCCGGGCUGGGCUGCGAAGGUAAACAGCGCUUCCUCUUCCUCCUCGCCGCCUCUUCCUUUUAUAGCGAUUUCUGGCCGCGCCGGAGCCGGGCCGUUGCUGCUGCCGCCGCCGUUUGCUGCUGCUGCUGCUGCUUGUCGCCGCGGCGGGGCCGCUCGCGAACCUGCGGCGGGGACGCGCGAGCCGCCGACCCGGAAGCGGCGUGUGUGUGCACCGCAGGCUCCCGCUACCAGCUCGCCCGCUCGCCCGCCCGUCGGGCCGCCAGGAGAAGACACCGAGGCCCGGAAUCUGAGUAAUCCUUUCAAGGCUACCACAUUGAUAGAAGGAAAAGGACAGAAUCACCAGCACUGGCUGAAGGUUUGCUGGCAUGGGUAAUCUCAUUAAGGUGCUAACCAGGGACAUAGACCACAAUGCAGCACAUUUUUUCUUGGACUUUGAAAGUACCUUAACAUGGGGAAUCUUCUUAAAGUUUUGACAUGCACAGACCUUGAGCAGGGGCCAAAUUUUUUCCUUGAUUUUGAAAAUGCCCAGCCUACAGAGUCUGAGAAGGAAAUAUAUAAUCAGGUGAAUGUAGUAUUAAAAGAUGCAGAAGGCAUCUUGGAGGACUUGCAGUCAUACAGAGGAGCUGGCCACGAAAUACGAGAGGCAAUCCAGCAUCCAGCCGAUGAGAAGUUGCAAGAGAAGGCAUGGGGUGCAGUUGUGCCACUAGUAGGCAAAUUAAAGAAAUUUUACGAAUUUUCUCAGAGACUAGAAGCAGCUUUAAGAGGCCUUCUGGGAGCCCUGACUAGUACGCCAUACUCCCCCACCCAGCAUCUAGAGCGAGAGCAGGCUCUUGCUAAACAGUUUGCAGAGAUUCUUCACUUCACACUCCGAUUUGAUGAACUCAAGAUGACAAAUCCUGCCAUACAAAAUGACUUCAGCUACUAUAGAAGAACAUUGAGUCGUAUGAGAAUUAAUAACGUCCCGGCAGAAGGAGAAAAUGAAGUAAAUAAUGAAUUGGCAAAUCGAAUGUCUUUGUUUUAUGCUGAGGCCACCCCGAUGCUGAAAACCUUAAGUGAUGCAACAACAAAAUUUGUAUCGGAGAAUAAAAAUUUGCCAAUAGAAAAUACCACAGAUUGCUUAAGCACUAUGGCAAGUGUAUGCAGAGUCAUGCUGGAGACACCGGAAUAUAGAAGCAGAUUUACCAAUGAAGAGACAGUAUCAUUCUGCUUGAGGGUAAUGGUGGGUGUCAUAAUACUCUAUGACCACGUCCAUCCAGUGGGAGCAUUUGCCAAAACUUCUAAAAUUGAUAUGAAAGGUUGUAUCAAAGUUCUUAAGGACCAACCUCCUAAUAGUGUAGAAGGUCUUCUCAAUGCUCUCAGGUACACAACAAAACAUUUGAAUGAUGAGACUACCUCCAAGCAAAUUAGGUCCAUGCUGCAGUAAGAGCCGUGGAGCAAGCCCCUGCUGCAGAUGGAUGGAGCACACAGUGUUCUUCAGUGACCGAGAAUGCAGUCUUAGUGAAUGCCAUUAAAUCUCCUUAUUCUUGCUUUGGUUUCUUUCCUCUGUUCCUCUUCCCACUUUUUUAAUCAUGUUCUUGUUCUUAAAGACUUCUUUUCUGUGCCAAAAUCAGUAAAGUUAUACUUUGAAAGGGAUUUUGUCCUUUCAAAACAGGCCAUCUAAGGCAGCUAAUUACGCAUUGCAUUGAGGUCUCUACUGAGAAAAGUUCUGUGACUUGAACUAAAUAUUUUUAAAUGUGGAUUUUUUUUGAAAACUAAUAUUUAAUAUUGCUUCUCCUGCAUGGCAAAACUGCCUAUUCUGCUAUUUAAAACCCUCAUAAAUUUAUUUUCUACUGCCGCUUUUUCAUGUGCAGCCAAAAUAAAAAUGUUUAAAUUAACUGUGUUGUACAAAUGGUACCCAACACAAACUUUUUUUAAAUUAGUAAGACUUUUGUUUAAAGUUUUAAGUUUGCAUUUUGACUUUUUUUUUGUAAGGUUGUAUGUUGUGUGUUUAACCUUUAUUAACUAACGUUAAAAACUGUGAUGUGUGCGUAGACUAUUACGUAUGCAUGUUCAUGUUUAAGAAUGGCUGUUGAUAAAAUAAAAAUCAGCUUUCCUUUUUCUAAGUGUGGCUUGGUUUACUGAGGUUUUUGGAAGUUUUCUCUGUAUAUAUUUCUGUGGAAUGCAUAUACACAUUACAUAAUUUUUCUUUCUCUUAGGCGAUAGCUGUAUUUUUUUCAGUUGUUUCUCUUUACCUUUGUCUAUGUACAUAAGUUGAACUGCUUUUAAAAACUGUUGUGUAUAAGA